GAGCAACACUGAAUCAGGAGAAGUUUGACAUUUCGCAGUGGAGUAGUGGACGAAGUGAGCGUGUGUGUUGUUCGGAGUUUUUAUUUAUUUUUAUGUAGUGAUUACAAGGAAACUAGCACAAAAGAAUGGCCUUAGUGACGAACGCCACGAUGGAGGCGUCACAGACCCUCAUCCAGACGGAGUCGAGGGUGCAGCGCAGCUACCAGGAGGUGCAGGUCUCCGAGCGGCAGAUCAAGAAGAAGACCAAGUCCAGCAGACGGCAUAAGGACGAGGGCACAAUAUCUGUGUCUAAGAGCUCCGAGAAGUUGUACAAGAAGAUGAAGGCGGCCGCGGACGGGGAAUCGAAUCCCACGUGCGUGAAGUGCUCUCGGCCGGUGUACGCCAUGGAGCGGGUCAAGGCGGAGCGCCGCGUGUGGCACAAGGAGUGCUUCCGGUGUACCCAAUGUAACAAGCAACUCACAGUGGAGACGUACCAGAGCGACCACACGACGUUGUACUGCAAGCCACAUUUUAAACACCUAUUCGAGCCCAAACCGGUGGAGGGGGAGGACGAGACAGACGCCGCUCCAAAGAAGCACCAGUUGAUCAUCUGUGAAAGUAAUCCAGUCGAGUUGCCGCCAGAUGUCGUUAGAGCAUCAGACAAGCCAGACCUGGGGCUGGAGGAGCUGGCGCAGUUGGACGUGAAGUCCCGGUUCGAGGUGUUCGAGCGCGCCGCCCGCGGCAGCGACGAGCCGCUCCCGGCGGAACCCAGGGCUCCGCGGGAGAAGAGCGCCGCGCUACUCUCCAAGCUCGCCAAGUUCAAAGCAAAGGGCAUGGACAUCGGCGUGUCGGACGAGUAUCUGAACGGUGUGCCCGUGGAGCCCAGCUCCAGCGAGCCGGAAGACGAUGAAGAUGAAGACGAAGACUCGGUGCUGAAGAAGUCGUACAAGCACACGGCGCGGUCGGAGCAGCCCGUGUCGCUGUGCAACAUGAGCGAGAUCGUGGGCAAGUUCGAGACCGGCCAGCACUCCUCCUCCGAGCGGCACCGCGAGCGCAAGCAGGAGAUACAGAACAUACGCAGCCGCCUGUUCAUGGGUAAACAAGCUAAGAUAAAGGAAAUGUACGAACAAUCGGUGCUACAGAGUGAACAAGGAGUGACGUCAGCAGACAAGAUAGCUCGCGAGCUGGAGCUGGACAAGGAGAAGGCGCGCGCCAUCAAGGAGCGGUUCGAGAACGGAGAAGUGUUCAACGACGAGAACCAGCCGCCGCGCGCCAGGGACAUCGACGACCGCGCGCUCUUCAACGAUGGCAUCUCAAAGAAAUCCCGCUCCAUAUUCCUGGAGCUGGACGCCAACGCGAAGAGCAUGCCGCCCACCUCCCCCCCACCACAGGAGGCGCCCAAACGGAAGGAGAUCCCGUUCGUGCCGAAGGACGUGGUGCGCGCCGCCGACAAAGUGGAAGACGUUAAGAUCGAGACCUCGGACAUCUCCGACCGGUUCAAGUUCUUCGAGACUUACAAGCCGGAGACCAAGCGCAAGGAGUUCCGCAUGACGCCGCCGCGGCAGACACAGCGGCCGAAGUCGCCGUCCCCCGAGCUGUACCACGAGCCGUCGGUGGUGCGCAGUGACGCGCCCGCGCCCGACACGGCGCUGGCCGCCGACCGCCACACCGCCAGCCGCAUGAUCUCCGUCUUCAGGCACCUCGAGCAGCGACACGACGACCAGCCCGCCGGUCCCAAACCCCUAAAGCGCUUUACCCCCCCACCACCGGGCGAGAAUAACCGCCACGUGGACACCUCCGAAGAGGAGUACUCCUCGGAGGAAGAAGACAGCGAGGAUGAACGCAUGAGAGCGUACAUACAGUCCAGGCAAGGAGACGAGGCGCUCAAACAGGCUCAACAGUUAGCUCGUACGAAGAGUUUCCGCGACCGGUUCGAGCGAGGCGUCUCCGAGAACGAGCCCGAGGUCCGCCGCGAGCCAGCCGUCAUCCCGCGGGACCUGCCCGACGACGACGGGGAGUCACAGCUGGAGACUGCUAAGAGUUUGCGCGAGAAAUUCGAGAACAUGAAGGUGCAGCAAACGACUGUGACGAAAACCAUCGCGACCAAAGUUAAUAGAUUUGUGUGACCGUCGCGCGUUCUCAAACUACCCGCAAUUUACCAAAGCGUUACAUUUUUUUAUCCCAUUUUGAACUGUAUCACAUCUUGCCAAUUUGUAUUACAAAUUAUUGCGCAAUCAAUAAUACUAUGUUAAUUUGGUUUUAUCUCAAAACUGCCAGUUAAUUUUGGCACAGUGUAACAAAAAAGCAGAACAGAACCCCUUUUUAAGUCAAUAAUUAUUUAAGGGAGGUGCGUCUUAGGUUGUGAAUUUAACUUUUGGACAUGUCUUUAACAUAGUGUUAUUGAUUGCGAAUACUUAUAAGUAACGUUUACUAAAAAUAUCAUUAGAUCUUAGGAAACUAUUUAUUUAUAUUACGGUAUUAUUAGGACUGAUAAAAAAUGCAUUUUGAAUAAAAAUCCGGUUCUCGCAGGGGAUCUCAAGUGCCUUAUUUAUGUGCAAUCAUAUAUCUCUUUGUUAUGUUGUGAUCUGUAACCUUAGGUCGUCCGGCUCAUUUUGUAUAAGCGCCAUCUAUCGGCAGUUUUACACAAUAUUGAUUUAAAGAGAUGCGUGAAUUAUUCAAUAAGAUAUACCCUUAUAUCUUAUUUGAGAUAUUCUUUAUUUAUUUCUCUUGCAUUAUACGCAAGAU